AUGUCCUCCGACACUCCUCUUCUCGAUCCCUCCAUCUUCUCCCACCUCCAGGAGAAGCUCGAUGAAGAGACCGCCGUUCGUGAUAACCUCACCCAGAUUAUCCAGCGUCUCGAGCGCGCCGUUGCCACCGCUCAAGGUCUUCUCUCUCGCGUCCACUCUACGCCCCGCGCUCGCUACCCUGCGCUUGUAUCACAGGUUGAGGAUGCUAUCAAGGAAGAGGUCACUAUUGUGAAGGAGCUGAAUGAGGUAGCCAGCAAGCACCCAUAUUACAAGUACAACAGCAAAUGGGCGAGGACCGUUCAAAAUGCCAUCGGCACCGCUGUCUACACUGCCUGGCUCGGCGGUCUAGGCUCUGACGCCCAGCCUGCUUCUCUCGGUCGCCUUCUCACUCUCGAGCAAGUUGGCGAGGUCUUCCAAGUCCCCACAAACCUCAAGGACCGCGAUGCCUUCCACUUCACCAUCGAGGAGUAUCUCCUAUCUCUGACGGACCUCACCAACGAGCUUGCUCGUCUUGCUCCCAACGCUGUCACCCUCGGAGACUUUGAGCUUCCUCUCGUUAUUAGCGGGUUCAUCAAGGAUCUCUUCGCCGGGUUCCAGCUUCUCAACCUCAAGAAUGACAUUCUCCGCAAGCGAGCUGAUGCUGUCAAGUAUGACGUCAAGAGAGUCGAGGAUGUUGUCUAUGAUCUGAGCCUGCGUGGACUGGUCAAAAGGGCUGGAGAGGGUGACACAGAGAUGGCUGCUGCCGAGUAG